AUGGAAGCUGACUGGAGGACCACACUUUCGAACCAGGAGAGGUCGAAGUACAUCACUGAGCUGGCCCAGAUACUUGCCCAGAUAAGUCAGGUUAAUGGGGGAGACAGAGGAAACUUUAAUCUGGAAAAGCUCAAGAAAACCGCAGAACAGUUCGAAAAGAGUCUGUAUGCCAGUAGCUCAUCUAAAGAGCUCUACUUAGACUCGAUGCGGAAGAGGAUAGCAGCAAUGGAUACUGCCAAGAAGAAGGCGAUUGCCAACAUCCAGCACAAUGCGGCAAAUGUAGCGGCCCACCAACAGUCUCAGCAACAAGCUGCUGUCGCUGCUGCUCAGUCUGCCCAACAGCAAAGAGCGUCGCAAUUUCCCCCCUCCAACAUGAACUCACAAAUGUUUUUCAACCAGCAGGCCCAGGUUAGGCAACAAGCUGCCCAGCAAUUUAGGAAUGGCGUAGGCUCCAACAUGCCUGUUAAUAGCGCUCCUACAAGGCCUCAACUGACGCCCCAACAGCAGCAGCUGAUUAAUGAAAUGAAAGGCGCAGAAAUACCUAGGGAGCUUUUGCAAAGAAUACCCAAUCUACCGCCUGGCGUUAAUACAUGGCAAAAAGUCACCGAACUUGCACAGCAAAAGCGGCUAGGCCCUAAGGAUUUGCAAAUUGCUAAACAGGUCUACAAAAUGCACCAGCAGAUCGUUUUCAAAUCGAAGAUGCAGCAGGCCAGCGCAAAUAAUCGUGGAAUUCCUCAACAAAGGGCCAUGCCUCAGGGUCCUAAUAUGGCGCAGAUGCCGCAACCUCGCUCAGUUGUUAAUCAACCUUUACAGCAGCAGCAACAUCAGCAACAACAACAACAGCAGCAACACCAACAACACCAACAGCAGCAGCAGCAGCAGCAGCAACACCAACAACACCAACAGCAGCAGCAGCAGCAGCAGCAACACCAACACCAACAACACCAACAGCAGCAACAGCAACAACAACAGCAGAGGCAAACCGGACAAGUCCCUCAGCCUUCGGGCCAAGAGAUGCCAAAUGUUUUGAACCGCUUAAACCAAAUAUUCACCCCAGCUGAGCAAAAGGCCCUGUAUGAAAACGGGAAGAAGUUGAUUGAGGACCUCCAAAGGACUAAUAGGCUACCUACUGUCCUGACUCCACAGCAGCAAGCAAUAUAUAUUAAAAAGUACAUCAACCAGAUGGCUCUCAAGAAAUUGCAGGCUGCUAGAAUGAAUCAAAUGGGAACAACAAAUCCACAGCAGCAAAUGGCUCCCGCGCCUGCUCCUCAAGGUCAGAGUGUACCGGCCAUGAGCCAGUUCACUUCUAACGUGGCGCCAAGUAAUGCCAAUUUAGCGGGCAUGGCGCAAAGAAGAGCUUACGAAAGGGCGAAUGCCGGUGGUGCGAGCGAUGUUAACAGCGUUGGUAGUAGUACACAAGCUCAGCUCUCAUCAGGCUCGUCGCAACAAGCCCCACCUGCACAGCAACAACCCCAGCCACAACCAAAGUUCUCACUUCCUCGUCCUACUGAGCAAGAUCUGAUGGUGCUUCGGAGAAUUUCAGCAGAAAUACAAAAGUCACACCUAAGGCUGUCAAACAUUACAAAUCAGAUUUCUCAAGAGCAGAAGCAAGCAAUCAGGAACAAGCUUCAGCUCAACCGGCAACUGUUUACAAAUGUUGACAGCUUUAUCCCAACACUAUAUAUGAUAACCCGAAAUGAGGAAAAUGUUCGGCAGCUACUUCAAAUUAGAAUGUUGGCAAAGGAAAUCACCGAGCAUGCCACUCGAGGUGUUUUCAUUGUUCCGCCAGAGGUAGUUGACAAGGUCAUCUUCAGGUAUCAAAAAUACUAUGAGUUCAUCAAGGACCAAGUUCUCCGGAGGCAUCAACAAAUAAUAGCAGCGAGACAGCAGCAGCAGCAGCAGCAGCAAGCACCAUCCACAACCAUUGAUCCCGCAUUCAAUCAACAACGCAUUCAGGGUUCGUUUCAGCAGAUUCAGCAACAGAUGCAGAUGAGGCAGCAGCAGCAGCAGCAACAACAACAACAACAACAACAACAACAACAACAACAACAACAACAACAACAACAACAACAACAACAACAACAACAACAGCAGCAGCAACAGCAACAGCAACAGCAACAAAAAAUUCAGCCUUCUCCGCAGCUGAACAAUUGGACAAGGCUCAAUGCAGAUGGCAGGUCCACGAGCGGUGCUGAUGGAGAUAAUGCUGUAGCUCCCCAAACUGCGCCCGAACAUGUCCGUAGGUCUUCUUCUGGGAUGGAUUUCUUAAAUUCGCCCGAAUUUAUGAAUGCUAGGUCCUCUCCUCAGCAACCAGGCCUAUCCCCUGCCAAAAAACAGGCCCAGAUGAGAAAAAAAAUGGCCAUGAAACAGGUCCCAGGCCAAGGCACACCAGGCUCGACUGUUCCUACCUCGAACAAUACGCCUGUUCCUGUGUCUGGUCCUGUACCGGCAGUUGCAAGCAGGACAGGCACCCCUCAGGUUGGAACAGCGGGAAUUUCUAGUAUAUCCCCAAUGGUCAAUCGAGCUACGGGCCUCAACCAGAGCCCGUCUCCAAGAUCACACCCUAAUGGUACUUUACCGCCACCAGCUGACUAUCCCUACAAGGAAGACGAGGAGAAUCUCAAGAAAAUGGCUAUAAGGAAAACUGAGAUUAUUGCGCGGUUUAAGUGUAGACAAGAGAUCUUGGGGAAAUCUUCAGUUGACUUGUUUCUGUGCUCUCUAGGUGAUUGCCUUGGACUACCUUCAGCGUCCGUAGACCUCAUCAGCCCAAUCCCAUCUGAAAUUGUGGAACAUGUGAACGGAGGUUGUAAAGGAAAGAAUAACGGGGCGCCUGGCCAACGCGUUAAAGGUCAGGACCUCACAGACGUAUCUAUUGUCAACAAUAGCAUCGUGUUUGCGGACAGUAAUUCCCCAGAAGCCAAGGCCGAGCCCUAUGUUAUUGGUCUCAACGACGUUGCUAGUGUCUUCCGGGAUGUCUAUGGUUCAACUGAUCUGUCUUCCUUUUCUUUCGAAACUAAAACAUUUUCUGGAGAAGGUGGUGCCAAGAAAAGAAAAGCAGGUGACCUAGAUAAUAGCCCUGAUGCGUCCCCAGCCUCGUCGGCGAUAAUGAGCGAAUCCAAGAAGCUCAAGAUUGAUUCCCCAGAGGACAUGUACUUCACGGCACCUGGGGAAGACACUAAACAGCUACUUACCAAGAGUGGCGCCAUGAAAUUUUCUCCCGAAAAUAAGAUUUGGGACUGGAGCUUUUGGGAAACCUCAUGA